AUGAAGCGACCCUAUGUUUUUGGGACUCUAUUUUUGUUUUGCUGGGCCGUCGAACUUACACUUGGUGAGAUAUUCCGCCUGUUAUUGCCUUGUGACUGUUACUAAUUAUGUCUGUGAUACAAAGCAUUUAAAUCGUGAACACCUUGAGAAGUUAUGGACCUGGAAAAUGCUUAGAGUAUGGUGAAUUUAAGGCAAAGCUAAGAUGAUAAAAAAGAUCAUCAACAAUGCAACCGGCGACUUGGAAGUACUGUUCAAGUUGUCGUAACAAAAAUCGAAGCUAACAUGAAAUUAAGAUGAUGACAAGGUACGAAUGUUACUGAAUAAUUUUGCAACGACAAAGGCACGGAAAGUUUAAUUUUCUGAUAAUAUGGCUCGUUCAGAGGUCCAGAGACAAUAUAAUAGAAAUAAUCGUUCUUAUNAACACCUUGAGAAGUUAUGGACCUGGAAAAUGCUUAGAGUAUGGUGAAUUUAAGGCAAAGCUAAGAUGAUAAAAAAGAUCAUCAACAAUGCAACCGGCGACUUGGAAGUACUGUUCAAGUUGUCGUAACAAAAAUCGAAGCUAACAUGAAAUUAAGAUGAUGACAAGGUACGAAUGUUACUGAAUAAUUUUGCAACGACAAAGGCACGGAAAGUUUAAUUUUCUGAUAAUAUGGCUCGUUCAGAGGUCCAGAGACAAUAUAAUAGAAAUAAUCGUUCUUAUCGACUUCAGUGUCAAUUUGAAUUACCCAUUGCAAGUCCUAUUUUCAAAUGUUGCAAGAAAAAGAAAAAGAAAACAGCAGUUUAAAUAAAAGACAAAAAGUGAUUUUGCUAUGAGUUGAAAGAAAAGCUCGGAUUGAAACCAAUUUUAAAAAACUUCAAAGCAUAUUAAAAGGCAGUUCACUAAAAAUUUUCAUUUGAAUGGUCUGUUUAGAGCUACAUUCUUACAAGCACCAUCGCCGCAAUGCAUUACAAACAGUAGCAUAUGACAAACGUGCUGCUCAAAUAAAUUACUUUGUACGAUUUUAUAACUUGACUUUGCCGAUCGAGUUUAAAGGCGUGCAUUUAAUCCGAUGAGUUUGCAGACCGGUAUCAACUCAAUUUUUUUCCUCUGGGUUAUAUAUUUCCUUUCAAUUCCUUUUCGUAAAAUAGCGAAGCCAGUGACAUAAAAAAUGAAUAAAGUACUACUUUGUAUUCACACUAACUUUCGAAUAUGUGUGUUUGCAGUGAUUUCUAAUUCAUAAAAUAUCUGCACGAUGAAAAACAGUCAACUAUCUUAACGAGCAAUUUUUUAAGAUACAUCUCCCUAACAUGGACACCGAGCAUCGGUUCCUGCAGUGCGUUAAUCACUUUCUUAGAGUCUCUAAAAGGCGUUAGGCUCUCUAUUCUGUACAAUCUCUCUAAGACCGACACUUCUUGAGGGUCCCAACAGUGUUCACACAAAAGCCACAUUUGGAAAGAGAGAAUGCAACUUUAACUAAGGUUAUUAAGAAGCUAUUUCAAUAAUAUGCCGGGUAGCUCUUGCAUCGGCACAAAAACCACAUCGGAUUGAGUUUUUGUUCUCAUAUAAGAACGAAGCCGUUUCUGCGAUCUUGAUCGAUCUUCGUGGCAUUCUAAACUGUUGUUCAUACCAGACCGGAGUAUUUUUGGAUCAAUUUACGGUUCUGGGAAACUGCCCACCCACCCAUCCCCUAAGCCAUCAUUUUGCCCUAAGCGACAAGUAAGUGUUAAUGUUAGCUUAGGGGAGGGGUAGGUGGGCAGUUGCCCAGGAUAAGCAAUUCGGUGUGUUGUAGUCUGAGAUACCUUAAUGUAAUAAGGCCCGCAGAUCGAUUUAUCGAUUUUUUGAAUUCACGAGAAUUGAUCCACGGCAAACCUUGCCGGCGUUGCUAACAUCACCUAAAAGUUAUCAAAGGGUCACGCCAUUUCCUCAUAUUGUUACAUAAGAGUUUAUUUUUCACUCAUUUUCCUGCUUUAUGUGAAGAAUGUGUUUUCACUCCGGUCCUCUUCCUAUGAUCUUCGUGGCAACUACAUUCUUUCACUUAGUAAACCUAAAACAACUACCUAUGGUGCAAACUCCUUUACUUACUUUUCAGCUAAGCAGUAAAAUGCACUACCGGACUUUUUUUGUACCAGUGUUUUUGGCAGACUUUAAGACCAAAAUACAGGACGUUACCUCCAUGUAGAUUCUUUUUGCUUGACAUACUUGAACUUAAAAUUGUGAAUUGUAAAUAGUAUUUUCUUUUCUUUAAUGUGUUUAUUAUUAUUGUUAUAAUUUUAUUAUUAUUAUUACUUAUAAUGUAUUUAAUGUAUAGAUAUAUUUAUAUCUUAUUUUUUUAUGUAGUGUCAGCUCGAAGAUAUUAGCUUGUUAGAUACUCUAAAAUUCGAGUAUAAAUAAAGUUUAUGUUAUGUUAUGUUGCCAUCUUUUUAAAGAGCUUAAGUGUCUUAGCCGGUAUCAAUUGAAUUCCAAAAAUAAUGGUCCCGUUUUGUUAUUUAAGACAAUAUUUAGGCAUUGAAACUGUUUCUCAUCGCUUACUGCUACGGUGGCAAGGACGAAGGUGGAUUGAAACGUGAAAAAAUUGGGCCAAUUUAUCAAAUAAUGUUAUGGCUACAACAAAACACCCCCAAAUGAUCAACGUUUGGGCUUCCUGUUGAAAUUUGUUUUAUACCUUUUCUUACCUCUACAGGAGGAUUUUUGAGUUUUUUUUAGUAAAGGCACUUAGCAAUGCCAGACACAGAAUUGACCAAACAAACAACAUCCUUCUGACAGACCCUCGUUAAAAACUUUUAUUUUCCCCACAGGUAACCUUCCUAAGGCACCAGAGCUGGGCAACGGAAACCUAAGCUGCAUAGAUGUUAUUUGGGAUACAAUUUGCCAGGUUUCUUGCAAGGAAGGAUUUGUACCAGAGAAACCUCAUGCAAAAUCCUAUAAAUACUCUAAAUCUACUGGAACAUGGACUACUUUGCCAGAAGGAGGUGAAUUUCCUUGGGCGCCCUGUGUUAAAAGAAAGAGUAACUGA